AUGACUUCGAAGGAGAUGGAGAUGGAGAUGGUGGCUGAUUCCAACGAAAAGGCAUGCAACGACUCAAAACAGCCUAUUCUAUCCACCGACCUGAUAAGACCGAUCUUGGAACGCUUGAGCUUUGUUGAUUUUCAUCGAGCAAGAUGCGUUUCCUCAGGAUGGUAUAUAGCUUCGAAAUCAUGCAUCGGAGUCACAAAUCCGACAACUCCGUGGAUCAUCCUCUUUACAAAGGAGGAACAGCUUGAGAACAACAACGUUUCAUGUAAGUUGUUCGAUCCUCGUGACCAUACUUGUUACACGGUAAGAGAUCUCGGGAUUGAUUUCGCUAGGAGUUGUUGUUUGGCUAGUUCCGGUAGCUGGUUCCUCAUGUUACUCCAUAGAACCGAUUUCUAUCUUUUUAAUCUGUUUACUCGUCAGAAGAUUCCUCUUCCGUCUAUGGGAUCAAUCGAUGAUUUUGAUGCGACUUCUUCUUCCGGUGAGAGCAGCGAUGUUAGAUUAAUAGGCAGUGCGGUUUUGGGGGUGGAUGAGGAAAGCAGAGAUUACUUUGUUGUUUGGAGUUAUAAUAGUAUUUUUGCAUAUCAUAAGAGAGGAGAUAAUAAUGAAAGAUGGAAAGUGCUUAAACCUUUGAAAGGUCAAGGCUGCAUCGAUAUGGUGUUUAAACAAGGCAAGCUUUACGUGCUUACUGUCACUCGAAGCGUCACGGUUUUUGAUUUCCUCGGUGGUGAUUCUCCAACAGAAUGUGAAAUUACCCCACCUCCGCUUUGGUGUAGUCAAGACCUUCUCAACAAUAUUGCUGUGACUUUGUCUGGAGAAGUAUUGCUCAUUGCAAGCUUCGUGAAAAAAAAGGGUAAGUGCUUCUUCGAUCUCUUCAGGCGGGAUCCGAAACGGAAACAUGCAUGGAAAUUUAUCGACUCUGUAGGGGAGGAAGCAUUGCUUUUGGAUCAAGGAAUAGCGGUUGCAGCCAAAGAUGGAGUUAUGAGAGAUUGCAUAUAUUUUACUAGUGAUCGGUUUUGUAGAGACAGUGGGAUUAGGUUAUCCAUUUCCGAUUACAUUAUUUGCGUCUCUCAUGUUAAAAAGAACCGGGUUGUCCAACGGUUUGAUCAUCUUACUGCUUCCUCGCCAAUAAAUUUCAAGGAUGCUCGUUGGUUUUCACCCACUUUUGGUGGAAAAUGGUUGCAUUAA